GUAAGCCCCCCACCCUGAGUCCCCGACAUCUGGGUGUUGCUGUGGAACAGAGCAGAGGAGCCCGAGAUCCAGAGUAUUGAGACCCAGCCACCCAGGCCUUGACUGAUCCGCUGAUCCCAGGGCGGGGGGCGCGUCCUCUGCACGACGUCCCCUGCCGACCCCUAGCCCGGCCCUGCUGUCCUCCCACCUUGCUCCUUUCAGAUGCUGAGUCUGCCAGUGCUGGUGCUGCCCCUCCUGGGAAGCCUGGUCCUCGCAUCCCCCCUUUCAGAGCAGGUGCUGGAGCGAGCAGGCAUCGUGGGGGGGCACGAGGCCCCUGGGAACAGGUGGCCCUGGCAGGUGAGCCUGAGGGCUCACCUCGGGUACUGGCAGCACUUCUGCGGGGGCUCCCUCAUCCACCCGCAGUGGGUGCUGACUGCCGCGCACUGCGUGGGACCCGGUGUCACAUACCCUGCGGAAAUCAGGGUGCAGCUGCGGGAGCAGCGUCUCUACUACCAGGACAGGCUGCUGCCCGUCCACCGGGUCAUCAUGCACCCCGACUACUACAUAUUCCAGAACGGGGCAGAUAUCGCCCUGCUGGAGCUCGAGGACCCCGUCAACAUGUCUGCCCACGUCCAGCUGGUCACCCUGCCCCCUGCCUCGGAGACCUUCCCCACGGGGACGCCGUGCUGGGUGACAGGCUGGGGUUAUGUGAGCAAUGGAACGCCCCUCCCGCCGCCGUUCCCCCUGAAGCAGGUCAAGGUGCCCAUCGUGGAAAACAGCAUUUGUAAUAUGCAGUACCACCUUGGCGUUAACACGGGGGACAGCGUACAGAUCGUCCGUGAGGACAUGCUGUGUGCUGGGAACAGCAAGAAGGACUCCUGCCAGGGCGACUCCGGAGGGCCGCUGGUCUGCAAGGUGAGGGGCACCUGGCUGCAGGCGGGCGUGGUCAGCUGGGGCGAAGGCUGCGCUCAGCCCAACAGGCCCGGCAUCUACACCCGUGUCACCUACUACCUAGACUGGAUCCGCCAGUACGUCCCCGAAGAGCCCUGAACCCGGCCCCGGAGCUGCCACGUGGAUGGGUGGAGAAGCCAGCCCCACACUGCCCCACGCCACUGCCCAGUCGGUGUCCUUCUGCCCACCUUCCCUG